AUGGUUGAAAUAGGCCUCGUCUAUCCCCACAUAGUGGAGCGACCGCGGCGUUACGUGGCCUCUGUCAAAGAUGGCAACUUCCAGCGACAAGAGAGGGUCGAGGAGUCUGUUUCCGUGCUGGAACAGGCUCAACCUGGGUCCGCAAGCAUCUCUUCGCCAAAAUUACAAGGUCAAAAUGUCAUGAUUACCACUUGCGCCAGCUUGACGCAUGAGGACACCUUGUGUGUGGCACUAUCCUGGACUACGGAUGAGCUGGAAUCUCCCGUGCAAGUGGAACUCGACCUAGGAGAGUUGGAAUUGGGACCCUUAGUGGCCGUCAAAACGUUUGAAGGAGGCUCCCAUAAUCAACUGCUACUGAUUCUAGUGGAUGUCCAAGGAAAGAUUCUCACUCUGGGCUUGAAUGAAAAUUUGGUGCCACUAUCCGGGUUUGCCAUGAUGGAUUUGCAUGAUUACAUUGAGUCACCCGCAGUCCUCCAACGAGUAGCCGGAUCGGAACUGCAAUCGACAAUGGUCACCUUUUUGGAUUCUUUCACAAUUAUCGUUGCCCUCAAUCCCUUUAUACUGACUGUGGACUUGGCUGAGGGAACCAGCCACGUUUGGAGCGAACUCCAAUGCAUGGAAGAAAUGAGAUCUCGGGCCUCCAAACUUGGCAACCUGUUGACCAAUGUGAGCGACUUGUUGCUAGGAAGAGAAGAAGAGAGCUUGGAUAUGGCUCCUACGGCAGCCAUUUGUUUGGCUCCCAAUUCCACGAACGGUUUGCAAUAUUGCUUUACGCUGCAUGCAGAUGCCAAGGUUCGCAAGUGGAAACUCAAUACGAGUGUUUCGUACAUGCCUGUUGAAGUGCACACACUCUGUCCCUCGGAUGAAUUGCCACUCCCAUCGAGCUGGAGUGAUGCCCGGAAUGCAGUUUGCAUGUCCACCAGGCUUUACAACGAUGUUUACGUUUUGGCGGUUCAAAUUCGCACCGCAGGAGUCAUUGAUAUUUCGCAGCCAGAUUCUUCGGAUUGUCAUCUAUUUGUGUUUUGGGGCAACUUGAUGGUGGACGCUAACAGUGCAAGCAUCAAGCUACGUGUACCUCUGGAAGCCAUGGGAUUGGUGGGGAUGGACUUUGUUCCCACCCAACAACGAUGCACACUUUCCGUCUUGCUUGAAUGUUCCACGGAACAAGGGAGUGCCUCCACGAUGCAACUCACCUACCCACCAAGCAACAUAUCUAUUGUUAGUUGGGAACCUAUCGUCGAAAAAAAUGGAAAUUUGGAUCAAAUUGCUGCCAAAGAAAGGAAUCGAAUUCGAUUUCUGUCUUAUGGGUCGAUUGUGGCAGACAAAAUGUCGAUGGACAGCGAUCAAGAGACCCUGGAAGAAGCCUUACAUGAGCUUGAUUCCUUGUACCUAAAGUACCUUUUCCGUCCGAUGUUCCCAAGAGGGACUGGCACUAUUUUGGCUCCUUCCGAUGCUUGCGUUCGGAAUGCUCUUUCCAAACUAGUCCAAGGUGCUACCAAACAACAAGAACCUGGGAUUAGUAUUGAACUUGAAACCCUCAAGACAAUACACUAUUGGCGACAAGUGGAACACAAGCGAUCCAUGGCACUGGCUACCUCUCCACGGAAACCACGUCGAUCCGUGACACCAGUUGACGAGAUUGUAGCUGCUGCUCCCAGAAAUCUUUCGGUGUACGAUUCCUUUGUCCAACAGGACAUGGAGGAUGAAGAAGACGACCAAGUCAUGGAAGUCGAUGAUCAUUUUGGUACCUUGCAACAAUUGCAACAAGAACGAACCAUUGAAAUUGAAGCUCACGAGAAUCGAUGGCGCCGAUUCUUGCUCCAAGUUUGGGAAGAGGAACAAGUCUACCGUGUGCCGCUAACAGUCAGUUGGCUGGAAUCGAUUCCACUUCAAGUCAUUAUUCGUGCUGGAGUGACAUCGGCUAUUCCAGAUACAUUGGACCAGCAAUCCUCCAGAUCCCAGUUUGCGGCCCUGGACAUUGUCGCCUCCAAGUUGAUGAAAUAUGUUGAAGAUGACGAGGUAUAUCAAGCCAAGGUCAACCACUUAGAACAACAGCUCGUCAAUCUAGUUUCUAAGGGCGAGGUUGCCAUCUCUCCAGAUUCUUUGACUCCAAUUCGUCAGGCGUUACAGGAAUUGGGAGCUUGGGCAUGGUCCAGCGACGACGACGUCAUUUCAGAUGAGGAACAUACUUCUUUGGAGGAAGCUGCCAGCAGAAUGUCAUCAAAGCAACUAAUCUCUUGGAUUGGAACUAUCCAGGCGAAUGGCGAUGGUAGCCUACCCGGACUGGGGAUAGUCACUGCAGGAGAUGCUUCGAAGGGUGCUGCUGGUUUCACGUGGAGCCAAAGUCGAGUCGCCAACUGUCAACUUCGGCACAGUGCAUGCUACUUUACGACUGUGUGUCUAGAUUCAGUCCGAAGACUGCAAUUGAGUCGCUGUCUACUUUUAGGGGAUUUGAUUGAAGGUGGACAUGCACGGGAAGCGGCGUUGGUUGCGUACGUGCAUUCUGUUUCUACCCUUUGGGCGUCUGCCCAACGUGUCCCAAUGCCAUCUACAGCACUGCAAGCAAAACGUGUGAGAAUUCAGAUUGGGACUGAUAGUCCAACUUCACCACCAAAUAAGCGCCUCAGUUUUGGUGAUGACUCUUCCAGCAUUCUUGCACCUGCUUCGAGAAAUCAAACAACGUCAAUGGACGUCAUGAUGGUCGAAAUCUCCCAAACCAUGAACGGGACUCCUUCCAGCUUCCCUUCAUCACAUGCUGGCGCAGCCUUGCUUCUGAGCCGAAUUUACUUCAAAGCCCUUCUUAAUGGAAAAGAAAAGGGAAACUCACGUGCAUUGCCAGAGCUGGGUACUCUACCAAAGCCACGAGACGACUCUGUCGCAACAGAUUACCCUCGUCUCGCUCUCCGGCUUCUUGCGCCAUUCGUUGCCUGCACUCUGCCAGAAGAUCCAGUUGACGUUGUAUUGUACAGAAAGGAGGCGCUUGCAGAAUGUUUGUUGAUCGAAUCACAUUCCGAUUCACUUAGCACUGAUUCGAAGAACCGUAUGCGUGAGAUGGCUCGCCUGCUUCUUGAUCCGUCGCCACAAGACUUUGUCAACCCAUCUGAGUUGAAACAGAUUGAAACUGCCUUUUCGGGAUUGAAUUCAAGAGAGAUGCCUCAAGUUUCGCUAAUGGAGCUUGCCAGCACCAUGGGUGGCAUCAUUCAAACCGCGUCUCGUACAGAGAUCAAUCGAUUGUGCGAGUUGGACACUGUGAAGCAGUUGUUCGCUUCGAUUGCUUCCGAUCGUACAGCGACUUUUGACGAUGAUGAGAAAGCAGCAAUCACAUGUCUGGCUAAGUCAAUGCUUCACCUUUCUCGAGUAAUUCACAAACUCAGAAUUCUCGAAAGGCAUGUCGGUGCCAGCAGAAAAGAAGCAGAUGACGGAAACUCGGAGAUAAUUCUCAGCCUUAUUUCUGAUGCUAUCAAUCAAAUGGAAAAGACAUUCCCAAAACACAUUUGCCAACAAAUGCCUGAAUACAGCAACCUUUGGUCAAGUUUGUUCCACCAUUCAGUAUCGGCUGGCAAAUGGAGAAAAGCUUACGAAGCUUGUUUGAAGAACCCCUUGUCAGGAAGGCGCGAAAGCAAUUUCCGGCGUUUUGUCCGUGCCAUGGUCGACUGUGGCGCUUUGGGCCAACUCAUUGAAUUGUGUACGGAACUCGGUACUAGUAUUUCUGCUAUCCCAGGCUCAAAAGCCACCUUCCAGUCUGUCGACUUGUAUGAAGUUGCAUCCGAAAUUUUGGCAGAUACUCAACCAUCCGACCUCUACAUGCUUCGCGCACAAUCGACGGACCCGUCUCAAUUAUCCGAUUAUCAAGGAGCACUGUAUGCUCUUCAUGCUUCCCAGGAGCGAUGGAGAAGAGCAGCACAAUCCAUGGAUAUUAGAUAUGUCAAUGCCAGAAAGGCAAUGAAGUCCGAUGCAACGUCUCUAGGAUUACGGCCUCAAGAUGCCGAACUUCGGGAUCAUCUAAUUGUUGAAGAUCUUACUCUUGCAUCUGUUGGCGCCGUCAAUGCAAUGAGUUUGGUAAGCGACCCUGCUCAUCGCUUUCUCGUCUCUGGUGAACAAGAACGAUAUACCUUGCUACCCAUCGCCGGCUUCGGGGACCGAAAAAAGCCAGUGUCCACCAUGAAGAGAACACGAAAACCGGAAAGCGUCGCAAUGGAUGAAGAAGAGGAUGAAGACGACGAGGAAGACGAUAGCCGUCUUUCUCGGUUCAUGUCUCUCAUUGACAUUGAAGGACGAUCACUGAGAACUAUUGCCCUACGGACCAUGUACCUCGACAUGACAAGUACGCGAUCUUAUGCAAAGGACGCCUUCUUUCGGGAUCUUGACUCCUCUCUUAUCGAUAUCGAUGAACUUUUCAACAGCGGAUACUUCCGAUAUGGUCUCCUUCUUUCUAAGGCCUUCGCAAAGAGCAGAAAGGCUAGGACUGGAAGCUACAGACCAAAUGGCGAAGACAUAUUUUACACCUCUAUUGUCAAUCUAUUGGAAUCCUGUUUGAUACCUCUAUCAACAAGGGGUAUCGCUUCUGAACAGCGGCCAUCAAUACAGCAACUACUUUCAGCUCUUGAUGGCACCGGUGACUCUGACGAUUAUUCGUUGUGCACUGUCGCGAAUCGAAACACUACAAUCGCUCAACUGGAAUCUACUUUCUCAAGGGCUGCUGGAUGGGCUUUGAUCCGCAAGAUUACACUAGCCUUUUCUACUGCUGAAACGCCAGUCGCACUAGAUGUUGCAGGGGGCACGCUUUCUCAACAAAUAGAAGGCGCAAGGCUACCAUCGUGGCUCGAGAGCCUCAUACUUGGUUCGGAAAUUGCUGCACCUAGCGGUAAAUUUGCGCCAAGGCCAAGUCCUGAAGAUACUGCAUACCCUGGCAACCCUCAAGCGCUUCUUUCCCUGUACACAAAGCUAGGCAUGUUUGUUCAAGCUUGUAAGCUUGUGUCGAAGGUCCUCUCUGGACAGUCUGAAGCAACUUCUCGUCUUCCAGAAACUGGAAACAUCGACUACGUUCCAUACGAAAACAUCGAUCUCCUUUGGAACCUCAUCGAUGUCAUGUUGUCAAGCGGAGAGAUUCCAGUCGCUGCAGAGAAAGAAAUUCUUGCCGCACGUGACGAGAUGGAAAAAUCUCUGGAGCGGCACUUCAAUCUGCUCCGCAUUGGUGAGAUGGGGUUGAAGAGUGCACGAGCACUGAAAGGGAAACCAAUGGUAUAA